AUGAAGAACAAUGCCCCAGUCGAGUUUUUGACGAAACGAAUCCUUCACAUUGACCCGAACGAGCGGUACAAGCGUCAACCGUCGGACCUCGAUGUUCGAGCUCGGCAAGCCACAUCAGAUGUCUUUUUCGAAGAUGAGCCCACGACAACGGCUGUUGGAUCUCUCCUCGUCGGAUCGGUAGUGACCUCGGUCCAGGAGCGUCAACCUGGCGUGUACGCAAAUGAGGACAUAGCAAAGGCGCUCUCAGUGAUCGUUGGAGCCAUACUACUCUUCAUCGGUCUCUUUCGUUUGGGCUGGCUCAUUGAGUUCAUCCCCUACGUACCGAUCUCGGCUUUCGUGACAGCCGCAAGCAUCACAAUCAUGUCCACCCAGCUACCUGUAGCACUUGGUAUCAGUGGAGUGAACACAAGGGAGGCGCCUUACAAGGUCAUUCUCAACACGCUCGAAGGCUUGCCCAGAACCCAGCUUGAUGCAGCCAUUGGCCUGACCUCUAUCGCAUUGCUCUUCUUCAUCCGUGAUGUCUGUGCGAGGAUGGAGAUCAGACAACCCACAAAGAAGAGGAUGUGGGGCAUGAUAUCAUCCCUGAGGUUGACGUUCACCAUUCUCCUGUACACAUUCAUCAGUUAUCUUGUCCAUCGGAAAUCCCCUGAAGGGGAGUCGAAGUUUCAUAUUGUUGGUCACAUUCAGUCAGGGUUCAAGCAUGCUGGUGUACCAGUCCUAGAUAGCAAGUUAGUGGGUUUGAUCCUCCCUGAACUUCCAGCAAUUGCUAUCAUCCUGAUCAUUGAGCACAUUGCCAUCGCCAAGUCAUUUGGCCGCAUCUUCAACUACACCAUCAAUCCUUCACAGGAGGUUCUUGCCCAGGGAAUGGCGAAUCUAUUUGGCCCCUUUGUUGGAGGAUAUGUUUGCACCGGAUCCUUCGGCGCUUCAGCUGUGCUGUCUAAGGCGGGCGUCCGUACUCCACUGGCUGGGCUUGUAAGUGCCAUGGUACUUGUGCUGGCUUUAUAUGCUCUCACCGCGGUCUUCUACUAUAUACCCAGAGCCGCCCUUGCUGGACUCAUCAUUCAUGCCACGAGCAACCUCAUGACGCCCCCGAAAAAUCUUUACAGGUACUGGCAGCUGUCGCCAUUUGAGCUCAUCAUUUGGAUCGUCGGCGUGGUACUGGCACUGUUUCUGUCCCUGGAGACGUCAAUAUACGUAACUAUUGGUCUUUCAUUUGCCCUGCUGCUUCUUCGCAAUGCCAGGAGCAAGGGACGUUUCCUCGGCAGACUCCGAGUCCAUCGCCUCGCUCCGGGGACCACCGACAAGAUGGUGGAAGACAGUCGGAGUUCUGGCCCAAAGGAGGUUGAUAUGGCUCGUGAUGUGUUCUUGCCAUUGGACAGGAAGGACUGCUCCAAUCCCAAUGUCGGUGUUGAGUCUCCCUACCCAGGGGUCUUCAUUUACCGAUUCAGUGAGGGCUUCAACUACGUCAACCAAGCCCAUCACAUUGAUCAGAUCUUGUCUUUCAUUCUCGAGAAUACAAGACCGACCAGAGCAGAUGAUGGGCUCAAGGCGAAGGACCGGCUCUGGAACGAUCCAGGCCCAGCAUUUAAGCCCGUGUCGAAAUUAGAGUCCAGCAAACAGCGGCCGCUCCUACACGCCGUCGUGCUGGACUGCUCGUCGGUCAACAACAUGGACAUCACCAGCGUCCAGGGGCUGAUUGACCUGCGCAACACUCUGGACCGGUACGCGGCCCCGUCGACGGCAGAGUGGCACUUUGCCGGCGUCCUGAACCGGUGGACGCGGCGCGCACUCGCCGUCGCCGGGUUUGGCUUCCCCGCUGCAGACAACCCCGACGCCAUCGGCAACUGGUCCCCUGCGUACACCGUUGCCAGCUCGCUUGCUGGGGCGACGGAGGAUGAUGCGAGGCGUGCGGCUGCGUUCGAGGCACUGCUGAGGGCGAGCGACGAGGAGCGCAGCACCAGCAAAGCGCAGGUGCAUGUCGAGGACGUGGACACGGACGACUCCAACUCGGCUGGCGGCGAGACGAAGAAGAACGGGGGAGGGAGAGCUAAUGUUGGGGUAGUGGCUCCGGGUCAUCGCUUCACUCCUGUGCAUGGUGUGGACAGGCCGUUCUUUCAUAUUGAUCUGGUGGAGGCUGUCGACGCGGCGAUUCGAGAUGCGAUGAAGAAGAACGCCAGAGCAGCAGAUGAGCCAACUCAUAGAUAA